AUGAACAUCAAAGGAGGAUGUGAUACGCCCUUGAUACUAGCUAAGCUGCAUGGAAUCGGAAGCGGAUACGUGGAAGCGGAAGCGUUUGGAAGCGCCGAAGCGAGUUUUAAAAAAAAAGUAGGAAGCGGGAACGAUUUCACAGCGAUUCCACAGCGAUUCCGCUUCCGCUUCCGCUUCCGGAGAGGGAAUCGGAGCUUGGGUCACGCUUCCAUGCUUCGUAGGAUACUAGGCCGACCUUUCUUGGCCACUGCUGGAGCUAUCAUGGACUUCCAAACAGGCGAAUCUCUUUAG